AUGGCUCGGAUGCGCAGAUUUACAGCAUCUGCGGACAAAUUAUAUGUGAAGUCCUCAGACUCGGAACAUCACUUUUAUGGCUUGCUGUCCAAGAUUUGGCACUGGCGGGCCAAACUUUACUACAGGGGAGACAUUGUCCAGGUGAACGAGCACUUAGAAAACCUUCUACAAUGCACAUGUACUCGAUACCUCGCCCGCCGCGAGGCACUUAUGGGGCUUGCAGAGGUGGCAUUUUGCGAAGGCAGGCUAUCCGAAGCCAUGGAUAUCCUACAACAAAUCGUAGAGAUGUCUGAGGGAGAACGUUCGCAUGAUAUCUUGUGGUAUACUGUGUUGAAGGCCAUUGUUGCAAGCAAGCAGGGGGAUCAUACCCUUGCAAGGGAGCUCAUCUACAAAGCCCCAAAAUCCUCCCAAUUCUUCGAGCUGCGCAGUGCAUUCAUAUUUCUCCACAGAUCUUGUGGCGCGGCAUGCAUCGAGCUCACUGCGGGCGCAUACGACAAGGCCGAAUCCCAUUUCAUAGCUACCAUUGAAGGUUGUGAUAUCCAAGGACAUCUUAAUUUCAAGGCAUAUAGCAAACGGGGACUGGGGGAGAUUGCCUUUGCGCAUGAUGACCUUGCGUUAGCUGCAUGA